AUGUUACGUACACCAAUUCUUGUAUCAUUAUGUAUGGCGAUUGCGUUUGUCUGUUGUUAUUCAAAGCCUGAUCCGCACGCUAAAUCGAAUCUAAAUCCACUUCAAACUGAUCCUCCGACGUUUGUGAAACAGAUAAAGAAUGCAAAGUUGUAUACCGUUGGUAAAGGAGAUGACGUCAUAAAUGUGCUUCACCUCUGGGGUACUCCUUAUGAGAAAGGUUAUGCACAUGGAACGAUUUUAAAGGACGAAGCUAGUGCAAUGAUGGAUGAAGCCUGGAACUAUUUUGAGCAAGAAAUUAUCGAUGCAGUUAAUAAAACUAUUCCGGGAUUCUUUCAACCAUGGUUCCUGAAAGAUGUCGCCAAUUUAGGCUUAGAGGCUGCUCUUGAAUUGGAAAUUGCCGCAACUAAACCAUUUACACCUUCUUAUUUUUAUGAAGAGAUGAAAGGUUUGUCUGAUGGUGCUAGAAUAGAUGUGAAGAAACUUGAACGUAUCCAUAUGUUUGGCGAAUUGACGAAAGGCAGUUGUUCUAUGUAUGGAGCUUGGGGUGACGCUCUACCAUUUCCCGGGGCAGUCAUGCAGUUACGUGCUCUGGACUGGGCAUCUGGAGGUCCGUUACAGAACUAUCCACAGAUAACAGUCUAUCAUAUUGAUGAAACCAAUUCUACCAAUGGACAUGCAUUUGCUAAUGUUGGAUGGAGUGGAUGGAUUGGCUCUAUCACAGGUAUGUCCUCAAAACAGAUGGCCAUUAGUGAGAUCGGGGUUUACUUUUCUGACGAUUCCUUUGGCGAAGAAUCCAGAUUUGGAAUUCCAUUCACGUUCAUCUUACGAGACAUUCUUCAGUUUGAUAACACAUUGGACGAUGCGUUAAAUCGUAUUGCCAACGCGCGAAGAACUUGCGAUCUGAUCCUUGGAGUUGGUGAUGCUAAACUCGAAACAUUUAGAGGUAUCGAGUAUUCAUCAGGAGUUGCCGAUUUCUUUGACGAUAUGAACAUAAGGCCAGAAGCCGCCUGGCAUCCUAAAAUACGACAUGUUGUGUACUGGGGAAUGGACUGGAUUGACCCUGAUUACAGCUCAGUCCUUGGACGUCAGUUGCAGAAAUACCAUGGUAACAUAACAGCGGAAAAUACAAUUCGAGAUGUUGUCUCUAUUGUUCAGACUGGAGAUCUUCAUAUUGCUGUGUAUGACUUAACACGUAAUUACAUGUUUGUGGCAAAUGCUAGAAAGAAGGGCGCAUCGGGACCGGUGAUGGCGUACGACAGACCAUUUAUUCGUCUGUCCAUGGCAGCGCUAUUCAAAGAAGCCAAACCCCAGAUAUAA